AAUUAUUUGUAGUUUUUUUUUAAGGGAAUCAUAAACUAGAAUUCCAUUUAGAACAUUCUUGACAGAUCGUUCGUCAGCAUCCACUGGGACUGGCUUGACAUUCGAUCGUCUGUUGCUAGGAUCCUCCCGAAAAAUUUUUCUUGAACAUUGAUUUUUCCAUAAACCAUGUCACAUCAAACAGGAAUCAGAGCGAACGAUGCACUUAAAAAGUUAUUUACCAAAUGUCGAGAUGGAAAAAUACGAGUUUUGAAAGUUUCUAUCGAAAAUGAGGAACUAAUACCUGCUGCUUUUUCGAAGCCAAUGAACAAAUGGCAAGAUGAUUAUGAUAAGAUGAUCAAGCCACUAAUCAUUGAAAAUCAACCUGCAUAUAUUCUUUAUCGACUAGAUACUAAGUCUUCUGAUUCUGGUUAUGAUUGGUUAUUUAUUUCUUGGUCACCUGAUACUGCACCAGUUAGACAAAAAAUGUUAUAUGCAUCAACUAAAGCAACUCUAAAACAAGAAUUUGGAACUGCUUCUAUAAAAGAAGAAUUACAUGGUACAGUACCAGAAGAUAUAACAUUAGAAGGUUAUCAUAAAUAUAAAAGAAAUAAUGCUGCACCAGCACCAUUAACUACAGCAGAAGAAGAAUUAGCAGAACUUAGAAAAAAUAUAGUUACUACAGAUUACAGUGUAGAAACAAGACAUCAAACAUUAAGUGGAGUUGCUUUCCCUGUGACAGAUGAAGCAAAACAAGCAAUUACAGAACUUGGUAAAGGUAUACAUGAAUAUGUUCAGUUAAAAAUUGAUUUAGAAGAGGAAAAGAUACAUUUAGUAAUGGCUUGUGAAAUUUCACUGGAUAAAUUACCAACAAAAGUUCCAUCUGAUUCUGCUAGAUAUCAUCUUUAUAAUUUUAAGCACACACAUGAAGGAGAUUACAUGGAAUGUAUAGUAUUUAUAUAUAGCAUGCCUGGAUAUAGUUGCAGUAUUAAGGAAAGAAUGUUAUAUUCAUCAUGUAAAGCACCACUUCUAGAAUUUAUUCAAUCACUUGGAGUGAUUAUAACAAAAAAGUUGGAAGUAAAUAGUGGUGAGGAAUUGGCAGACAUGUUGGAAGACCCUCCAAUCAUAAAAGAAACAGCUGCAAUAACUUCUGCAACUCCAUCAACGCUCUAUGCUUCUCCUCAAUCUAUACCAGAGAAAAAGUCAAAACAGAAGAGAUCUUGUAUCUUGAGUUAACCGAUUCUACAUUCUUUGCUUGCCAUUUUUUAAUGUUUCUUAAAUGUUUAUAAAAUAUUUCAAAUGUUUUAAAUAUUGAAUAUUUUCCUUCAUAAAUUCUGAAUUUGUGAUAAUAUGAUAUUAACCAAUUGAGUAUGUUAUGUAGUGUAAAAUGAUGUAAUUGAUUUCUAAUAACUUCAAUAUUAGCACAACAUAGUUAUAUAGUAUAAUUACUCUGAAAUUUAAUGUGUGCAUUUUUAUAAAGAUAAAUCUUUUAUUAAUUAGUGAUAUAUUUAUUAAUAUUUAAUAAUAAUUGGUCAAAGUGAUACAUAUAUCUAUGUAGCAAUUCAGAGUAGACCAAACAAUGUAUUUUUCUAAAUUUUAAAGAACAAAAUUGUCAUGUUAAAAUCUUAACAAAAUAUCUUUUUGAUAACUGUGAGAAACUUGCAAUGCAUAUGAUUCCACAAAAUGCAAUUCUUGUUGAUCCAAUACCGUAAUAAUGUUAAUGGAUAAUAGAUAAUUGUUCAUUCAUACAAAAAAUACCAUAAGAAAAAAAAAAUAAAAAAGGAUUUAAAAUGAAGAUUUAAUUACUUGAUAUUGAAAGUGAAGCCUUCUAUUGUACUUUUAUAUUUUUUUCCAAUAUUUUAUUAUAAUUAUAUUCCAAUAUUUAAUGAAAAGUCUCGAAAAGUUAUUUUUUUCUUCAUAUAGUUCCUUUAAUUUACUUGUUUUAUAGUUUAUAAUUUUUAUACUAUUUUUAAUAUCUAUUACAAAUGUGAAAAAUAAACCCAGUGAGUUGACUGUAUAAAUUAGUUCCUAGUCUAGUAAAAAGUGAUAUAUUAUAUUGUUAAGUAAGUCAUUUUUCAUAUAUUACUAAUUUUAUUAAGUGAAACUUGAAGGCUUGACUUUCAAAUUCAUUCAAACACUCAUAUGAGAAUUAGUGAUAAUAGAAGUAGAGUGUUUAAAACAAAUAUCUGUGGUAAAACUUGCAUAACUAUGUGAUUAUUAGAGAGUUAGGGAAAAUUCCAUGUGCUCUAGUUAGCCGAUGCCACUCACCUAACUUCUCUGUGAAAUAUAAAUAAGAAGAUAUAGUAGAUGAGAGAGAGUGAUAAAUGUGCAAAUUACCGCAUUAAUUUGUGGAUAUAUUUUCUUUGCACAUGAUUAUCAUUUUUGAACACAAGCUAGUGAUAAUAUUAAUACUAUUACUUUAUAUACAUAUUAAAUUAUAUAUAUAUAAUUAUAUAUAUAUACACACACAUAUUAUAUAUUAUAUCAUGUUCUAUACUACUGUAAAUGAUACAAAACAUUAGAUUUCACAAAUAUAUGUAUAAAGACUGAUCUUGGUAUGUCCCAUUGGUUGUACAAUCACAAAAAAUGAUAAUGUUUAUAUAUAUAUAUAAAUUAAAAAUUAUAUGAAUAUUUUAAAACAUCUUAUAUACACCUUGAAAUUAUUUUUAAUUUUUUAUUUUAAAUAAAAGAAUAAAAGAAUGUAAGGUGUAAUAAAAUAUAUUCAAAAUAAAAAAAUAUAUAUCAUUUGUAACUUUCAAAUUAAUAAAUUAAUAAUUUAAAAUCAAUUAGUGAAUAUCAUGUAUAUAUAUGAUUUACAUUAGUUAUUAUCUUUUAAAAUAUUUUUAGAUUUUUUAUAAAACAUUCCUUUAAUUUAAUAUACAUGUAUAGCAAAUGGGACUAUAAACUAAUAACAAACAGACAAAAUAUUCAAGAGGCAUUCUAUUUUUUGUGAUCUGUAUUUUUUUAACUCUCGUAGCUUUUUAUAAAUUUUAUAAAAAUUUUCGUCCAAAAUACAAAUGUAUAACUUAUCAAAAUAUUUUGGCCUAAUUUUAAUAAGAAUAAUGAUAAAAAAAAUACACCAAAUUUUUGAUAUUUAAAUUCAGAAACUAAAUUUUUUUUUACUUGAUCUAUAUUAAUGUAAAUAUAUAUAUAUAUAUUUGCAUUAAUAUAAAAUUAAAAAUUUUUUUAUAAGUAGUAUAAAUUCUCGAAAUCGAUGUCUACAAUUUAUUAUUAUUUUUUAUAGCUGUGUAAAAAUUUGUUCAAUUUUUAUUCUCAAUAUUUUUUUAUUAUUACAUGUUGAAAAAAAAAUACAGAAUUUGGUAUAAUUUCUAUGUUUUACAAGAAAAAAAAGAAGAAAAAUUUUUUGCAAAGUGCUCAAAAAAUUAUUAAUAAAUCACGUGUUCUAUAUUAAGAAAUAAUGCAUAUUAUUGCCUGGGAAUAUUUCAAUUUAUAAUAUUGUACCAGGCCUAUUCUGUAAGUUCUUAGUAUAAUUUUAUUUUCAACUGUUAGCUUAAUUGUAGAUUCAUUAUGAUGAAAUAAAUUGUAUAUCUUGCCAAUAUUAAACACGCUAAAUAAUAAAGCAUUAUGCAAUCUAAUCUUA